AUGAAAGACUCGGCAAACCUUCCCCUCGAGAGUUCAAGGAACGCCACGUGCAGGGAAGAGAGCUCCGUAGCAAUGCGACUUGCUGGACUUCUCCUUCUUCAACACCAUGGGUUGAAAAAAGUCACUCGCCCCCAAUCAACCAGUCGGAGGAGACGCCCGCCGCUGACCAACAAGGUAGCCUUCUUGUUCUUUUUUCUGCUUUUUCCAGGGGACCAACGAGUCAACCCGACGCGAGGGAGGCCCUUCCUUGCCUCCGGCCGGUGUCCCAAGUCUGAGCGCCUACCAGAUCUUUAUGCCUCAGGGUGGCAUACACCAAUAGCAUUCGCAGACGGACGAAGACUGCAGUUUCAGGAGUCGAUCUCUUGGUCCAGGGGUCCAUCGGCGGGGCGACGCCGAGGGAGGGGAGAGCAGUCCAGCUGUGAUGGGGAUCUGGGAAGAUCAUGGUUGUUCGAGGCGGGUAGGGGACACACCUGUGGUCUGUGGCGGAAAGCGGGAGGAACGUUUGCCCAGAUAGUUGGCAAGGUCAGGCAGGCUUGA